UCUUCGCAGCGGUGACUCGGCAGCAGCGUCUCUCGUCAUCAGUGACCGCCCCGUACCUUGCUACGCUUUGCGUCGCUCUGCUAGGAGCAGUCACCUCCUCCAUGGCAAAUAGUCCUCGGCGGGGUCCGAGUUCUUGGUUAAUAGGAGAGGCGAGGUAGAAGAAGUUGCAGCUAGGGAACACGGAAUCGACAAGGAGAGGGGGAUAGAGACCCAAGUUUCUGCAGUACUGCGUGAAGUUGGUUAGAAACUCCCCGCUUCCUAAGAGGAUCCUUCCGCCUGCAGUAGCGGUGGUGAGGCCGAGGGAGCCGCCAUUUUGGAUGUUCGGUUCCUGCUGCCACUGCUGCCGCCGCCCCCGGAGCUGCUGGUUUCAUUCGAGGUUUCGGGCCGAGGAUGCCAGCCCCCAUCAGAUUGCGGGAGCUGAUCCGGACCAUCCGGACAGCCCGAACCCAAGCAGAAGAACGAGAAAUGAUCCAGAAAGAAUGUGCUGCAAUUCGAUCAUCUUUUAGAGAAGAAGACAAUACAUACCGGUGUCGGAAUGUGGCAAAAUUACUAUAUAUGCACAUGCUGGGCUACCCUGCUCACUUUGGACAGUUGGAGUGCCUCAAGCUUAUCGCCUCUCAAAAAUUCACAGACAAACGCAUUGGUUAUUUAGGGGCAAUGCUGCUGUUAGAUGAAAGACAAGAUGUCCAUCUUCUUAUGACCAACUGUAUCAAGAAUGAUCUUAAUCAUAGCACGCAAUAUGUACAGGGGUUAGCACUUUGUACCCUCGGCUGCAUGGGCUCUUCAGAGAUGUGCAGAGAUCUUGCAGGAGAGGUAGAGAAACUCCUGAAAACCUCCAAUUCUUACUUAAGAAAAAAGGCAGCACUAUGUGCUGUUCAUGUCAUCAGGAAGGUUCCUGAACUUAUGGAGAUGUUUUUACCAGCAACAAAAAAUUUAUUGAAUGAAAAGAACCAUGGUGUCCUUCACACAUCUGUAGUCCUCCUCACAGAAAUGUGUGAACGAAGCCCAGACAUGCUUGCACAUUUCAGAAAGCUUGUGCCCCAAUUAGUUCGUAUUCUAAAGAACCUCAUCAUGUCGGGAUAUUCACCAGAACAUGAUGUUUCUGGUAUCAGUGACCCCUUUUUGCAGGUACGAAUUUUGCGGUUAUUAAGAAUUUUAGGACGAAAUGAUGAUGAUUCAAGUGAAGCUAUGAAUGAUAUAUUAGCACAGGUUGCCACAAAUACGGAGACUAGUAAAAAUGUAGGAAAUGCUAUUCUUUAUGAAACGGUUUUGACUAUCAUGGAUAUUAAGUCAGAGAGUGGACUGCGAGUCCUAGCCAUAAAUAUCCUGGGUCGUUUCUUAUUGAACAACGACAAGAAUAUUAGAUACGUAGCUUUGACAUCUUUGUUGAAGACUGUGCAGACAGAUCAUAAUGCAGUACAGAGGCACAGAAGCACAAUUGUGGACUGUUUAAAGGAUUUGGAUGUCUCAAUAAAACGGCGUGCAAUGGAAUUGAGUUUUGCCCUGGUAAAUGGGAAUAAUAUACGAGGCAUGAUGAAGGAAUUACUUUAUUUUCUGGAUUCAUGUGAGCCAGAAUUUAAAGCAGACUGUGCAUCUGGAAUCUUUCUUGCUGCAGAAAAGUAUGCACCUUCCAAACGGUGGCAUAUAGACACGAUCAUGCGUGUUCUGACAACGGCAGGAAGCUACGUUCGUGAUGAUGCAGUCCCCAACUUGAUCCAGUUAAUAACCAAUAGUGUGGAGAUGCAUGCCUAUACUGUCCAGCGCUUGUACAAAGCAAUUCUUGGUGAUUAUUCUCAACAACCUUUGGUACAAGUGGCUGCAUGGUGUAUAGGUGAAUAUGGAGAUCUUCUUGUAUCAGGCCAGUGUGAAGAGGAAGAACCUAUUCAGGUAACAGAAGAUGAAGUGUUGGAUAUUUUAGAGAGUGUUCUAAUCUCUAAUAUGUCCACCUCUGUGACCCGAGGUUAUGCUCUCACUGCCAUUAUGAAGCUUUCUACCCGAUUCACCUGUACUGUAAACCGAAUUAAGAAAGUGGUUUCCAUCUAUGGGAGCAGCAUUGAUGUGGAACUCCAACAGAGGGCAGUAGAAUAUAAUGCACUUUUUAAGAAAUAUGACCAUAUGAGGUCUGCCCUGCUUGAGAGAAUGCCUGUCAUGGAAAAAGUGACCACAAAUGGCCCUACUGAGAUUGUGCAGACAAAUGGAGAGACAGAACCUGCUCCACUAGAGACCAAACCACCACCUUCUGGGCCACAGCCCACCAGCCAGGCCAAUGAUUUAUUGGAUUUGUUGGGAGGAAAUGACAUAACACCUGUUAUUCCAACUGCACCUACAAGCAAACCAGCUUCUGCUGGUGGAGAACUUCUUGAUUUGCUGGGAGACAUCAACCUUACAGGUGCUCCAGCUGCUGCUCCUGCCCCUGCCUCAGUUCCACAGAUAUCCCAGCCCCCCUUCUUGUUGGAUGGGCUUUCAUCACAGCCUCUCUUCAAUGACAUCACUACAGGCAUCCCCUCCAUCACAGCAUACAGUAAGAAUGGCUUGAAGAUAGAAUUCACCUUUGAACGGUCAAAUACCAAUCCUAGCGUCACAGUGAUAACGAUACAGGCCUCCAACAGCACAGAGCUGGACAUGACAGACUUUGUUUUCCAGGCUGCAGUACCAAAGACAUUCCAGCUGCAGCUUCUGUCUCCUAGCAGCAGCAUUGUCCCAGCAUUUAAUACGGGGACCAUCACACAAGUCAUUAAAGUCCUGAACCCACAGAAGCAACAGCUGCGAAUGCGGAUCAAGCUCACAUAUAACCACAAGGGCUCAGCAAUGCAAGAUCUAGCAGAGGUGAACAACUUUCCCCCUCAGUCCUGGCAAUGAGGGCUGGCACCAUUCUCAUUCUUGUCCCACUCAAUCAAAGGAACUCUGGGAAGGAGGUUGUGAUCGCUGGCAAGUCCCCCCCAACUGUACCAUGGGCAUGAGGAGCUGAAGAGAACUGUUGAGGAUUUUCCUGAAGUUAUUGCUGACCUUAAAGCAUUGUCAAAGACGAAUCUCCUCUCCUCCACUGUUGAGGCCGGCUGCUUCUGGAGGCUACUUUGCACUCUUCCUCCUCUUCUCCUUUGUCCGCACUUCUCCACCCCUCCCACAUUUACAGCCAGAAUCAACAUUCCCUGGGCCCCUGAGGAAAUAAGCAGCUGGUCUGGAGGAGAGGACUGGAAUCCAUGGCAAGAAAACACUCACUCUGUCUCUGCAGCAAAGAGUUAUCCCUUCUUUCUACUGUGUUGUUCUGUGGACUGGGCGAGGUGGGGUAUUCAUUCCUCACUAUCUGGGUUACCAUCUUCAGGCGCUUUUUACAUCAGGCAUUCAGAAUGGAAAUGUUAACAAUGGACAUUAGGGAGCCCUGCCUUUUUCUACUGGUUCCCCCAGUGUUUGAGAGAGGCAUUAGGCUCCUGGUAGCCUUUUCUGUGCAUUGCUGUAUACACACAGACACACACAUGUAUGUAUGUUUGUUACCAAGACCUGGGCAGACCUGGAGAGGUUAUUUGUAAACACUGGACAGAUGGAGUUAAAAAGAGAUUUGGCAUGAAGGAUAUGGUGCUCUAUUUGUAAUAGAAACUCCCAAGGCUCUUCCAGCUCCCCUUUCUCUCCAUACUUUAGCUGUAGUCACGAAUACUCUCCAUGAUUUUCAAAAUUGAUUCCCCUGAAAGUGCAAAGUGGACAACUUCUAAAAGGUAUAUUAAUAAUUAUUAAUGCCCCUGUUCCCACAACAGAUAUUAAAGUUUCUCCUAAGCCCAUAACUUGCCUGUUGAACUGUGGUAAAUGGGUGGAAAGAGGAGUUUGCUUUUUAAGACCAGACUCCUUAACAAAAGCACCUUUGCCCAUAGGAAGAGUGAGUAUCAGACUCACCCUAGAGCAUAUUGGAGUCAUCUUCUCCAUUACUCCAAAUCUUCCUUUUUAUUUCCUGAGCCUGGCUUGGACCUUGGCAUUCCGUUUGAAUUCCUUCUUCUAACUGGAACAUUUGUGUUGUAUCUGUAACACUGGCACUGAAAUAAAGACCACGCGGUUAAAGAAAUCUUUCCUAUAUUGUACUUUAUGGUGUUGGAAUGAAGCCUUGUAGCUUCCUUGCCCCCAGUGUGAGAGGAAGUCCUUAAGGACACCAUACGGAAAAAAAAAAAAAAAAAGGGACACCAUACAGUAGGCAUAUCCUUUCCUGAGUCUGAGAAGUUAGUCUCAUGAGAGGCCAGUUUCAUGAAUAUCUGCAUCAAAGACCUGAGGUCUGGAGUUUUUUAACUAGUGAGAGUGCCAAGUGCUGUUUAGAAAGGACUCGUGUUAUUAAACUUUAACACUGAGUUACUAGAAUGAGGUAAGGUGACUGGUGGCACAUGGUGAAUGUACUGUGUAUGUUCAGGUACACGGGCACCAUGUCUCAUGUACUAAAGAAGAAAGGAAAAGUCAGGUCCACCUUGCUCUUAAAAUGUUUGCAGUCAUUACUGUAUUGAGUACAGUAUGCUGACUACUUUGGCUUUCGUCUUAAACUUGGAUUCAGAUACCCCCCCCCUCAUUUCACCAAGCCUUUACUUAAAAUCAGUGUCUUGUCAUAUCUAGCUCUGUAUCAGAUGCUAGGUUAUUUCUAACAUUUGACAAACUGGGGUUGAGCUAAAAGGCUCCAAAGGGAAACUUUCUGGUCUUAUGUGUAUAAAAGAGCAAGAUUUCCAAAAACUUACUCUACUGGGCAAAUGGUUGACUGAGUCAAGAACAGGAUAUUAUCUUGUGCACAGAUUUCAGUAAAGGCAAGUGUGGACUAGUGUAUGUUUCAGACAACUUGCUCUGCCUGUGCAAUGAAGAAUAGCCUUUAAAGAAUUCUUUGCAGACUGAUUUCAUUGGAUGGAUACUUAAUGCUGUGAAACAUGAUAGGAUUAACAUAAUAUUGGUGGAUUUCUCGAGUAGAAUUUAUCUAACAUUCCUCUGGGUUAGAGGCUUUAUUUUCUCUCAUGUUAAUAGUUGACCAGCUCAAGUUUCUUUAGUUGGACUGAAUUGAAUAUCAGAAAUCUGCCGAAGACCAUGCAUGCUAUCAGACAGUGCUAGCUAGUGGAGCUAGAAAGGGUCUAUUCUAGUAACAAAGCAUCUCCGUGGGUGAUUAUAAUUUUUUUGAGGUGGAGUUCUAUGAUUAUCCAUGGCUUUGUCUAGACAGAAUACAAAUCAUGGCCUUAACGCAAAGGGUGCUGCAUAGAAUAUUUGAAGUGAUUUUGGAGAGUGAAGCUGAGCACCACACUGAAGAACUAGCAGCCAGAAAGCUGCCUAGGAUCCUGACAGUUGUGAAGACUUUUGCAAAUGAUCGGAUCUUUGAAGGCUUCAGCGUGCCUUAGUUUCUAGGAUCAGAAUUAGUUCUUGUGCUUGGCCUUGCUGCUAAAAGGAGAAAUCUCUUAAUUUCUAUGAAUACUUAACACAUUUCAGUAAUUUCUUUCCCUGGUAUGACCAUGCAAGGGGGAGCAAAUUUGGAUAGAUUUACAGCAUCAGAGCCAUUGUAAGGAAAGAGUGAUUUCCAUGGCUGUUUUAAUAACCCUAGGGUGAUAAGCAGUGAGCCUCCACAUACUUGGACAAUUACACAUGCACUUUUACCUCAUUUUUCCCCCCUUCUUUCAGAGUAGUGUAUUCUAUCACUCCCAACCCCUGCACCCAAGUAAUCCUAAGGGAGAAUUCAUCUAAGUAAUAUAAAAAAAAUGUAGGAAGGGUGCUCUACCCAAGAAGCUUCUCCCACAGUGCUCUGGUGCUGUUACCUUGAGGUGAUUUGGACAGUCAAUGGAAUGUUUUAUGCUGUGUGUAGUGGUCAUCGGUUCAUUUUAAGGUCUUUAUCAUUUAAAGAAACAUUCCUCAGUGUAACUUUUAGGAGGGAAUUCUUUCCUCUUACUGGUUAAAGAUGUGGUACAUGCCCUUUAUUUGUCCCAUUCAUAUAAAAGAGAGUAGACCUUUAAACUGUUCAGGAUUAACUGUUUGAGUAUUUCCAUCUACUGUAUAACAUGCUUUUCAUUUUCAGUUCUCUUAGAAGAGGUUGGAAGUUAGGGGAUACUGUUUUUGAGGUUCAACUUUAUUACUUUCUGCAUUGGAAAAUACUUGGGCCAUGAGAACUAGGGGGAAGAAAGUGUUUGUGAAUAUUUUUUCCUAGUGAAUGUAUUUUAUCUACAUUGUCCAACACCGAGUGAGAAUUAGAGCAAAAAAUGGAUAGUCACGAAUUUGUGGUUGGUAGAGAGGUGGUACAGGACUGUAUACUCAAGCGUUUGGGGGUGGGGAGGGUCACUUGAAGAAGGAAAGUCCUGAAGUUUGACCAGCUUUGGCUCAGGAGGGUGGGGCUGCUUGUAGAAGUGGAAGUCAAUCACUCUUUUUCAAGCAAUAGUAGUGAGUGGGCUCCAUCUGCAGGGUUCCAGGACCCAGGACACCUAAACAGAAGAACGUGCUGAAGCAGCUUGCACAGUUGCUUCAGAACUUCCUUGAGGCUGAUUCUGGCCUCAGGAUGGAGCAUUGGAGUUUCUUUGUUUUUUUUUUUUUGGAACCUGCUGUUGCGCUUUGUGUGUUUUGUUUUUUUUUUUCAAUUUGGGGGGGGGGGCAGGGCGCAUGGGAAGGAGUUUCUGAACUCUUUCCUUUGUGAACUCCCAUUGUGUCCCUGUAAAGUCCCUUUUCUUUCAUAAUUGUUGUAAGUUACAUUUUCAUUAAGCCCCAUCACAUCUUCUUUACUGUAAAAAUAUUAAAAGGCUGUUUCUAAGUGGGACGGCUAAUUCUAAUUAUUGCAGACAUAUUUUUGAGAUGUAAAAAAAAUUUAAAAUUAAAUGAUAAGUCUUAGAGGUGAGUGAGGAAUAAAAUGGAUGUAAACAUUUACAUUGGGAUGCAUUAGAAUUCUGCUGUGUGUAUUGUCUUUUGGUUGAAACAAAUUAUGAACAGUGACUAAUAAUAAAAAGUCAAUACUCAAUGAUUUAAAA